GUCUCCCUCCCUCUUUCUCCUGCGAGGCUGUCGAGUCGCCUCGCAGCUGCGAGCAGCGAGCGCCCUGCUCCAGUCCGGGCUCGGAACUGAACUGUGAGCGCGGGUCUGGAACCCCGGCCCAGGAGCGAUCAGCCGGGGUCUGAGGCCGGGGCGCAGCGCUCAACCUCGGAGGCUAACCGAGGCGCGGAGCCGCAGAGCCCGCAGGGCGGGAGGGCCGGCCGGCGCGCGUCCGGGCGAGUCCGGGAGCAGGACCGCGGAAGACAGCGAGACGGCCGCAAGCCGAGGGCAGAGGGCAGAGUGCAGAGAGCGGCCUGGCUUGGCGAAGGGCGCCGCCCGGCCGGAACCGACCUCGCCUCCCGGGACGGUGGCCCCUCGUGGGGCGCGGACCCCGGGUGACCGCGGGUCCAGAGCGACUCCUCCGCGGCCGGCGGGGGGCGUGCCGCCUCCCAGCCCCGCCGCCCCAGCUCGGCCCGCCCGCUGCGUCGCCGGGGCAUGUGAGCGGGAAGCCCAGGCUACCAGCCGCGAGGAUCGCACGGAGGAGGAGCAGGAGCGCGGAGCCCCGAGCCCCGAGCCCAGCGCCUGACUGAGUAGAUGUCCAUGAGGAGCCCCAUCUCUGCUCAGCUGGCCCUGGAUGGCGCCGGCACCAUGGUGAACUGCACCAUCAAGUCAGAGGAGAAGAAGGAGCCUUGCCAGGAGGCCCCCCAGAGCUCGGCCCCUACAGCUGAAUCCCAGCCUGCAGACCCAGCCCGAGCCCCCCAGGAUGCUGCCAACCCCAACGCUCCAGCCCAGGUGCCCAGCACUUUCCCUCAGGGCUCCGGGGACCAUCCUCUGCCAGGGGAGGUAUUAGUAUUUCCGCUUUCAGAAGAGGGAAGUCAGGUUCAGAGAAGUUCAGGAUUUGGUGGGAUCCCUUGUGAGUCACCACGCCUGGACCGAAGCCCGGGUGUUUGUCUCUCUCAGGACUGUAGCUCCCCGGAGCCUGAUGGGUCCCCGGAACCCAAGAGACCAGGAGCCUCUGAGGCCGCUUCUGGAAGCCAGGAGAAGCUGGACUUCAACCGCAACUUACAAGAGGUGGUGCCCGCCAUCGAGAAGCUGCUGUCCAGUGACUGGAAGGAGAGGUUCCUUGGAAGGAGCUCCGUGGAAACCAAAGAUGUCAAAGGGACCCAAGAGAGCCUGGCAGAGAAGGAGCUCCAGCUUCUGGUCAUGAUCCACCAACUGUCCACCCUACGGGACCAGCUGCUGACAGCCCACUCGGAGCAGAAGAACAUGGCAGCCAUGCUCUUUGAGAAGCAGCAGCAGCAGAUGGAGCUGGCCCGGCAGCAGCAGGAGCAGAUCGCCAAGCAGCAGCAGCAGUUGAUUCAACAGCAGCAUAAGAUCAACCUCCUCCAGCAGCAGAUCCAGCAGGUCAACAUGCCUUACGUCAUGAUCCCAGCCUUCCCCCCAAGCCACCAGCCUCUGCCUGUCACCCCUGACUCCCAGCUGGCUUUGCCCAUUCAGCCCAUCCCCUGCAAACCAGUGGAGUACCCGCUGCAGCUGCUGCACAGCCCGCCUGCCCCAGUGGUGAAGAGGCCUGGGGCCAUGGCUGCCCACCACCCCCUGCAGGAGCCCUCCCAGCCCUUGAACCUCACAGCCAAGCCCAAGGCUCCUGAGCUGCCCAGCGCCUCCAGCUCCCCCAGUCUGAAGAUGAGCAACUGCGGAGCGCGCCCUCCCAGCCACGGGGCCCCCACGCGGGACCUGCAGGCCAGCCCCCCGAGCCUGCCCCUGGGCUUCCUUGGUGAAGGGGAUGCUGUCACCAAAGCCAUCCAGGAUGCUCGACAACUGCUGCACAGCCACAGUGGGGCCUUGGAAAGCUCCCCCAGCACCCCCUUUCUCAAGGACCUCCUCAGCCUGGACUCCUCUCCAGCCAAGGAGCGGCUGGAGGAGAGCUGCGUGCACCCGCUGGAAGAAGCCAUGCUGAGCUGCGACGUGGACGGCUCUCGCCACUUCCCUGAGUCCCGGAAUAGCAGCCACAUCAAGAGACCCAUGAAUGCCUUCAUGGUGUGGGCCAAGGACGAGAGGAGGAAGAUCCUCCAAGCCUUCCCAGACAUGCACAACUCCAGCAUCAGCAAGAUCCUUGGCUCCCGCUGGAAGUCCAUGACCAACCAGGAGAAGCAGCCCUAUUACGAGGAGCAGGCGCGGCUGAGCCGGCAGCACCUGGAGAAGUAUCCUGACUAUAAGUACAAGCCGCGGCCCAAGCGCACCUGCAUCGUGGAGGGCAAGCGGCUGCGCGUGGGCGAAUACAAGGCCCUGAUGAGGACCCGGCGCCAGGAUGCCCGCCAGAGCUACGUGAUCCCCCCGCAGGCUGGCCAGGUGCAGAUGAGCUCCUCAGAUGUCUUGUACCCUCGGGCAGCAGGCAUGCCCCUGGCACAGCCCCUGGUGGAGCACUGUGUCCCCCACAGCCUGGACCCCAACAUGCCUGUCAUCGUCAACACCUGCAGCCUCAGGGAGGAGGGCGAGGGCACAGAUGACAGGCACUCAGUGGCUGAUGGUGAGAUGUACCGGUACAGCGAGGACGAGGACUCGGAGGGUGAAGAGAAGAGUGACGGCGAGUUGGUGGUGCUCACGGACUGAUGGCAGCCGACGGGCCUGGCCCCUCUCCACUGGGGAGGACCUCGGCCCCAGCCCGACGAGCACAGCCAGCCGGCCUGGACUCUGUUGGUACUUGGACUUGGGUCUGCCUGGAGAUGGGCGAAGCCGUGCACUUGUAGAUACGUUCCUCCUCCGCCACACCUGCAGGCACCCCUGAGGAGCCGUGGGCCUCGCGGGGCUGGGCUUGCAUGGUGGUGCCGAGCCCAGCUGGCUGAGCUCCUUGGCUCUUGGGGCUGAUGGCCAGGGACACUGGAUGAUCCUUUUCUCUUGCAGGUCUACCCACCUGGGGGUUUGGCAGCUACACACCUGUCCCCCUGGGUCACAUGCUUUGUUCCCAUUCUUGUCCUGGCUGGACCAGCCACUGUGGGACCAACACCCCCUCCCACACUCCCCUAGGUCACUCCUCUGUCACCAGGAUCACUUUGUACUUUGUGCAAAAAGGUAUGACUGUCCCUCAGUGUCUUUAUCUCUGCUGAGCCCAUCGUGCCUCUGGCUGCUGUGAGCGCGUGCGUGGACCAGGCAUGUCAUCUGUUCAGUCAUUGCACAAGAUAUUUAUUGAGUGCCCGCUAGGUGCCGACACUGUUGCUGAGUUCCUGCAGAUGUGUCUCUUCCAUGCCACUCUUGCUUCUCUGGGGGCCUCUUCUGUGCUUCUCUUUGUCCCCAAAUUGCUACCUCUCUGUCAGUCUGGGUGUCUCAGGUUCCACAUGUCCUUGUGUGCAUUUCUCUGUCCUUGUCUUACUACAAGGCCCUCUUUCUCUCCCUUUCUCCAUGUCUAUCCCUGACCCCCCCUCCCCUCCCGAAUCCUUUGGGUCUCUGUAGGUCCCUGGACUGCCCCAGGCCCCUCAGCCUUCCUGACCUCCUGCCUGCCCCUUCACUCCCUCCAACUCUGCCGGUCAGUUCCCACGGAGCCAUUUUUAGCUCCCAGCAGCAUGAGAAUGUGCCUCAGCCCCCAAGGCUGGAGCCCCAGCCCCUGGGCCCAGCCUGAGUUCCAGGAGUGGGGCCAGAAGGACUGAUGGUCAGUGGCAGAGGCCCUGGAGUGGGACCCCAGGGCAGCUGGUCCCCAUUCCUCCCUUGUGGGCACUGGGUGGGAGGCUGGUGAGAAGACUCAGGCCUCGUCCACGAUCCAUCCAGGCCUGCCACCCAUCCGUGCUUCUCCCUGAGACUCGAUUCUAGAGAACAGGUCUGAGUCCCUGAUCAGCUUCACAGGUUAUUUCCCUAAGAAAAUCAAUUCCCUUUGGCGCCUGACUCCAAAGAGCUGGGACAGCCCUAGGAUCAGGGUGGCGACCCUAAAUCCCAGAGGGCCAGCCGUGCCUCCCGUUUUCUGCCCUCCCCAGCACCCCCACGUCUCUCCAGGCUGUUUCUUUUUUAUGACUGUAAACAUAGAUAGUGCUUUAUUUUGUUAAUAAGAUAACGAUGAGUAACUUAACCAGCACAUUUGUUUUCUGAUGGCAUAAUAAAAACAGACCAUUUCAGAA